UAGAGUGACGCGCAAUUGUUGCUUCACUGGACAAGGUAAAACUUUUCCAGCGAAACAGUAACAGACCGUUGACACUUCGUAACUUUACUAUUAGGACUUCUCGCGCGUCCUGUUGUGUUUAAAUCCCAACGGAAACUUGUUGGGUUUGUACCGAAAUGUCUUUAGCAGAGCAAAGCCUGCAGUGGUACCCCACCAGCGUUCAGGUAACGGUGCUCCAGGCGAGGGGGUUGCGGAUCAAGGGGAAAAAUGGCACCAACGACGCGUACGCCAUCAUGCAGGUGGCCAAGGAGAAGUUCUCCACGUCUGUGGCGGAGAAAUGCGUCGCGCCGGUGUGGAAAGAGGAGGCCACGUUUGACCUGCCGCUCUUUCACUCCAACAACGCGGAGCGCUGCACCUUACAGGUGUUCGUGAUGCACCGGGCUGUGAUGGGACCUGACAAAACGCUCGGGCAAGCGAAUAUCAACCUCCUAGACCUCAACGACAACAAAUCCCGUGAUAAAACAGAAUGGUUUAAACUGGUCAGCAAGACAGGAAAGGCAGAUAAAAACAGAGGUGAGGUGCUCCUGGACAUUCAGUUUAUGAAGAACAACAUGACGGCAAGUAUGUUUGACCUCUCCGGGCCGGACAAGUCACGAUCAAAAUUUGGGAAGCUCAAGGACAAGCUGAAAGGGAAAAAGAAAGAUGGUAUGUCGGAUUCUGCUUCCGCCAUAGUGCCAUCUGUCAGCCAGAUACUGACUGACAGUGAGGAAGAACAGGAAACGGAUGUCACACCUGGAGCCAAAAAGAAAAAUAAACUCAAGUCCCUCUUUGUACCCAAGUCGGGUUUGCACCGUAACAUGUCUCAAUCCAUGUCCACACUCGCCACACUGCCUGAAAAAGACUCUGCCAUCAGUUUGAGCAGGUCAUCUGGCCUGAAUGUAGAGUCUCCUGAAGGCAAGAAGAAAUUCAAAUUUCUGAAACAUAAGCGCACUGGAAGCUCCGACAGCAAGGUGUCCCAAGGUGCCAGCUCUCUUGGACAGGGCACCCUGCAGAAUAGCGUGUGCAUCAAUGGUAGUCAUGUCUACGCGGAAGAGCCGGAGACCAAAGUUUCCAGGGCUAGUUCCCCCUUCAGCCUGAACAGCUCAGGCCAUGGAUCCAUGGAAGAUCUACGCAGAGGUCACAGCAGAAAAACCUCCAACACCUCAGUGGACUCUCUUAAAGCCUCAGACCUGCAAACUCAAGAAAAUGCUGCAGAAGAAAUGCACAGAAAACAAGAGGAACAGAGGAAACAGGAAGAGGAAGUUAGGAAAAGGCUAGAGGAGGUAAAGAGGAGGCAGGCUGAGGAGGAAAAGAGAGAGCAGCUCCGUAGAGAGGCGGUGAGAAUGGAAGAGGAAAGGAAACGGAUUGAGAGAGAGGAGGAAAGAAAGAGGAUAGAGAAGGAAGAAGAGAGGAAACUGGUGGAGAGAGAGGAAGGUAAGAGGAAGAAAGAGGAAGAUGAGAGGAAAAGGAUUGAGAGAGAGGAGGAAAGAAAGAGAAAAGAAAAGGAAGAGGAGAGGAAACAGGUGGAGAGAGAGAUGGAGGAAAGGCAAAGAGUUGAGGAAGAGGAAAGAGAAAGGAUCGAAAAGGAGGAAAUGGUUAGAAUAAAGAAGGAACAGGAAAGAGUUAGACAGGAAGAGGAACGCAAACAGGCUGAAGAAGAGAGAAUUAGGGUUGAGGCAAGAAUGAGGGAAAUGGAGAAAAGGAAGAAAAUGGAGGAAGAAGAAAAGGCUAGAUUGGAAGAAGACAAACGGAGGAGAAUGGAGGAAGAGGAAAGGAAACGGAUUGAGAGAGAGGAGGAAAGAAAGAGGAUAGAGAAGGAAGAAGAGAGGAAACUGGUGGAGAGAGAGGAAGGUAAGAGGAAGAAAGAGGAAGAUGAGAGGAAAAGUAUUGAGAGAGAGGAGGAAAGAAAGAGAAAAGAAAAGGAAGAGGAGAGGAAACGGGUGGAGAGAGAGAUGGAGGAAAGGCAAAGAGCUGAGGAAGAGGAAAGAGAAAGGAUCAAAAAGGAGGAAAUGGUUAGAAUAAAGAAGGAACAGGAAAGAGUUAGACAGGAAGAAGAACGCAAACAGGCUGAAGAAGAGAGAAUUAGGGAAAUGGAGAAGAGGAAGAAAAUGGAGGAAGAAGAAAAGGCCAGAUUGGAAGAAGACAAACGGAGGAGAAUGGAGGAAGAGGAAAGAGCGAGGCUUGAGAAGGAAAGACUAAGGAAGGAAGAGGAAACUCGAAGGGUCGAGACGCAACGAAGACAUACUGAAGAAGAGGAAAGACUAAGGAAGGAAAAGGAAAAGAAGGAAGCAGAGGAAAUGCAAAAAAGGAAAGUGGAAGAAGAGAAAAGAAAGACUGAGGAGAAAGAAAGACUUUCUCUGAAAGAAAGGCUGGACAAAGAGAGGUUGGAGCUUGAGAAGAAGAAAAUGGAAGAAAGGAUGCAAGAGGAACAAGAGAGAAAGAGGGCUGAGGAGGAAGAGAAGAGGAAGUUGAAAGAGAAAGAAACAGCGCAAGAGAGAAUCAGACAAGAGGAAGAAGAAAAAGAGAAGCAAAGGAAGAUGAAAGAACAGACCUACACCACUGAGAAGAAGCCAGAGGUGAAGCCCAGGAGUGCUAGAUUGAAUACGGUGAAGAAAGCAGAGAAAGAAUACGUCCCCUCCGCCAAUCCCUUUGAAGAGGCCCUCGCAUUUGACGAGAAUUCCCCCAAUCCCUUUGAGGUUCCUCAACCUGAAGCUCUCAGUUGCCCAGCCAAAGUAUCUGCAGUAAAGCCAAGUUCUUCUGUUUCUGGAAGAUUCUUUUCCCAAGCCUUUGUGCCAAACACCAACCCGUUCUUAGAUGACUCUGAUACCAAUAGUGGCAACACGGAGAUCAUUGUCAGUCUUGGAGAUGGUGCAGAACAGUCAGAGAACAAACGACGUGCCCCAAUGCCUCCCCAGAACAAGACUCAGAUUGGAAAACCAGAUGUUUCUUCAAGAGACCUUUCAAGUGCAUCAGUUACUGGAGCCACACAAACUUUUUCAUCUAGAGCAUCUGAGGACAGUGGAGACUCUGAUGUCUCAUGUUUACGACGAGACAAACGCCUUGCACCUUUACCACCAGAUGUCUCAAAGAACAAGCAAGAAGUAUGGAACUCAGAACAUGCAGACCCAUCUACAAAUUCUCUGCAUACUGGAGAAUGGAGAACACCUGGUUUCCAGGAUAAAGGACAGUCUGGUAAAGAUGAGACAAGGAGCUCCAUGACAGACAUUUCAAGCAGUACCAGACUACCACAUUUUAGCCAGAGUCAGCCCAGUAUGGAAGCAGAAACCAACCCUUUUAUAUUUGUUGGUUUAAGAACUGCUAAACACAACAAGGGGCCAGCACCAGCAAAGCCCUCAGCAAAAUCGAUAGAGAGUUCUGCAUCUGAACCUGAACCCAACAACCUAGCAAUUGAUAACCUAAAUUUGUCUGAAAAUACCAAAGUGAAGUCAGCUGGCAAGCUGAGCAAUAACCUAUCUGUAGCUGACGUGCCUUCCACAAAACCUGAGCCUGUGCAUUCGAAUUAUACCGAUAGUCUUUCCUCAAGAGAAAGUGGACAAGAAGAAAUGCCAGCAAAGUAUAAACGAGACUCUCAUAGAGAAGAUGUUUCUUCAAGCUUGGAUUCAGUUCUGAAUGUAGAAAAUGUCCUGCUUGAGAGUGGUGCUAUGACAGGAGUCUCCAAAAAGAAGAGUCGGGCCCCAUUGCCUCCUGUGAAAUUGGCAACAAUUGGUGGCCCGAACUCAACAAGCCAGCCUCCAGCAGGCGUACUAUUUGGUCAGCCCAAUAGGCAAGAUGAAGACAAGACAUUAACUAUUAAUAGUGAUGUUUCGACCUCCAGUUUUUCCCCAUUCCUUGCAAACUCAUCCUCAAACCCUAGCCAAGCUCUUGGAACAGUGCAUGAGAAGAAUGAGUUUGCUCCAGUGAGAUUGGAAACAGGUUACGGGUCAGGGCACAAGUUUCUUCCGCAGGCCAGAGUGUCACCUAUUGAUGCCCAGCCAGUUGUUGGGCAGAGUAAUGGAAAUGAAAGGGAGAAAACAGAUGAUCCUGCCUUCAAAUCCUGCAGGCCCCAUGCAGUGAAACCCCUGAGCACCACUGAGAGGCCACCAUAUCUAAUAGAGACGCAAGACAAUUCCAGAUCCACUAAAAUUAUUGAUGGCAUGCAAGCCAAGAUGAAGGCCCCGGAGGCUAAAGGGACGGGGCGCUACUCGCAGCUGACCCACGAAGAGCUUGUCAACUUGUUGGAAAAGCAAAAGGAGCAGCUUUCUCAGAAGGACUCUAAGAUUGUGGAACUGGAGCAGUAUAUAGACAACCUUCUAGUCCGUGUCAUGGAGGAGAAACCCAGUAUCUUAAUGUCCUUGAGCUCUUUGAAGAAGUCAGUUUGAGGGAAUCCAAAUUGGGCAGAAGGUUAUACACAAAGGUUUUGUAUUAUACUGUGCACUGUAAUUGCAAAUAUGGGAUGAAAAACAAUAUAAAGUUGUGGUGAAAUUUAAAUAUUAAUUAAACUUCUAGCACACUACUGAGCUGAAGAUCUGGUUGAUGUAUACCUGAAUUAUAAAGCCUCACACUAAAUAUUGAAAACUAUUAUGUUUUUUUAAAGACAUUUGGCUUGCUUCAGAUCCACCUAACCAUGUGACUGAUUCAUGCACACUCUUAUACAUGUUGAACUAAGUCAUAUAUAUAUAUAUAUAUAUAUAUAUAUAUAUAUAUAUAUGUAUAUAUAUAUAUGUAUAUAUAUAUAUGUAUAUGUAUAUAUAUACUGUAUAUGUAUUUUUCCCAAAGUUCUUUACUACUGUCCACUGUCUUUUCCAUUUGAAUUUGUAUUCAGUCGGGUGUGUGUGUGUGUGCGCGCGUGUUUUGUUUGUCCUUUAUUGGUUAUCUACUUUAAUUGGUUUGUGUUUUGGUCAAAUCGUUCAAACAACAAAACAAAUUAAUAAAAUAGAACGCUCCGUAUGCAAGAUAUUUUAUGUAAAUUUGCAAAGCAAUAUUAUAUUAUGUUACAGAACACUGUGUUGAUACUUAUGUCAAUUGUUAUUUUGCUUUUUGAUAAAAGCACUUUAAAUGAAUCCCUUCAAAUGUAAAUAUUGGAAACUGGAUCAUUUGUAUGCUAUGCCUUUUUCUUAUAACCUGGCAGCUUCAUUAUUCUAAGGCUUUGAAAUAAAGAAUGUCACAGGUGUGGCCUUGCAAAGAACAGCA